AUGGGCAGUGAAACGCCUGGCACGGAAUGCCCCGCAGCUAAAAGGGUAUCAAGGUCACUGGGGUAUGCAUCCGGAAGCGAACAGCCAAGCUCCAACUUGUACUCAUCUCCAGUGACAGGUUGCUCCAUAAUCCGGGACCCGGGCCCACGAAACCCCAACUGGCGGUGGCAGCCAGUACGGAGUGAGGAUGAUCCCAAGCCCGAUUGUAGCCGGCAUUCCGGGGAACCAACAAGCAGGAGCCGAAGAUACAGCCGCUGCGAGUCGACACGCCGCUCCGCAGAUGACGCCGACACCAUCGACGUGUACUGGCACAACCUAGCCGCAGACCACGAGGACAGCCCCGGGAUAUUCAUCGGCAUGCGAGACCUGUACGCGGGCAGCGCGGACGACUACGUCCGCGGCAUGUCGAGGUUCCUGAACCGGACGGCCGGCGUGCUCCGUCUGCACUCGGUCAGCAUCUUCCCGCGGUCCGCCGUCGUGGUCGUCGACACGCAGCUCACGGCCCUGUACGUUCGCGCCGCCAUGAGGUAUUCGGGCAUGUCCCCGCCAAAUCUGUAUCAUAUCCCGGGCUUUCCAGGUGCGGGAAGGACUUAG